UUCAGAUUCAGACACAGAGACAUCGAAACGGUGCGGCAUGCGCGCUUCAUGGAUCUCCCAUUUACCAGCUCAAUCAAUCGCUCGCACUCUUAACGAACUUGUCGCUUUUUUCUUUGUUUCUCUGGCUCUGUCCAACUCGGCACCUUGUCUGACAUUUCUAGCGUGUUGAUUUUCUCGCUUCUUCUUCACUGUCGCGUAACUUUCUCUCUGUCCAAACAUGAUAUCUGCUUUCUUAAACACAGCGCUUCCUCUUUCUUUUUCUUCUUCUUCGCGCUCUGUGAAACUAACGAAUCACAAUGAUCCAGGCCCUAAGCGGACGAAAUUGAAAUUUAUUAUUAAUCAGGAAAGAAAAUUUGCAUUUAUGCCUUUGAAAUGCAUUUGGAACUCGGAUUUAGAAUGGAAUGCUCGAAACCAUAGCUUCUGCGUAUCAUGCUUGACCGCGACGGAGGUUCCGUUAGGUUCCUCUGAGGUGGUCGCCGAUAGGCUCGGCCGCGUGGUGUCGGAGUUCAGGUCACUGACGGAGCCAAUCGACCGCGUGAAGCGGCUGUUGCACUACGCGGCGCUGCUUCCGCCGGUGGACGAGUCGGUUCGGUCGCAGGAGAACCGCGUGGCCGGGUGCGCCACGCAGGUGUGGGUGGAGGCGGAGCUGGACGAGCUCGGGCGCGUGAGGUUCGGGGCCGAUAGCGACUCGGAGAUAUCGAAGGGGUUCUGCUCGUGCCUGAUUCACCUGCUGGACGGCGCGGAGCCCGAGGAGGUGGCGAAGGUGAAGCCCGAGGACCUGGCGGACCUCAACGUGGGCCUGCACGGGAAGGCCCAUUCGAGGGUGAUCACGUGGCACAAUGUGCUGAUUGCUAUGCAGAAGAGGACCGCCGCUUUGGUCGCUGGCUCCGAGCGAGAGCGAAGCCCACCCUUGGAGCAGUCCUUUCCUUCAUCUUUGGUUGCCACCGCCGAAGCUCAGAUACCACAGUCAAGAUGGCAGAAACUGGAUGCCAAUUUAUCACGAUCCUAGGUGUGGAUUCUAUGUCAGAAAAUAUGCUUGGAUUAUUGAUCAAGCUGGCUUUGGGAAGGUUGGUGUAUACAGGAUCUCAAUUGAACGUAUUAGCUGCUCUCUGGCAAUAUUGUAGCCGUCCUGCAUAUAUGUACUUUCUCGAGGCAGCUGCAGUUUCAUCUCCUUUCUUUGCUUGUUAUAUAUGCAAACACUUAAGAGAGAAAAGCAUGUACUCGAGAACUUGUACCAACAUUGCCUGUACUUCUAAAUUUGUGCAAAUUCUUCAGAUUAAACAUAUGAUAUGGACCUGUGGCUCGUACAUGGCUGCAAACAUUGCCAAGUAGGUUCAGCAGAUGGCUAUUAUGGAAAAUGAAGAGAUUGCUGAGAUACAUCCAGAGCACUAUCAGAUUCCAUGGAAUUAUUGUUGCCUUGCCUGCACUACUACAAUUCACAAGUCACUAAAUUUUCCAUACCAGGAUGGUAAUGUAUUGUACAUAACCUAUUUGGAAACGAGCUCUUGGAGAAGAUAAACAUAUUCUGAUGCAUAGCUGACAGCUCAUUUUGAAGUUCAAAUGGAGAUGUUUCCCGAGCAAUUGAAUCAGAAAGAAUAGGAAUGCAAGUUGUGGAUUCUACUCGAAUCAUAUUUGGGUUUCAUCAAGCAAAGGUUCAAGAGGCUUUGGCCCUGUGGAUAUAAAUCUUCAUUAUCACCUUCAAAUUUUUGUUUGGUACCGGCUCAGUUCAAAGGUUUUUUUUUUUUUUUUUUUUUUUUUUGAAGUCCUUAACGUUUUAGGACAACCCAUCUGGGGGGGUGGGGUGGUGGUGCUUGGAUAUGUAUUGUCUUUAGUGUUCUAAAUUUUUGAUUUAAUUUCAUCUGUGGUUUGUCGAGGAAGUUGCCUCCAAAACGUGGUAUCACCCUAUUGGGCUGAGAGGAUUGAAGAUAAAACAUGAUGAAAAGCAAACCUAGCAAACCUAGACAAAGGGGAGUAAUGGACGAGUCAACUUUUGAGAUGCUUAGCUAGCCUCCGAAAAGAACAAGAGCUAUGAAAAAAGUUGACUUUUAUGUGUUUGGAGUAACAAGCGAAUAGA